CAAAACAUAUUUAAUAUAUACAAUACAAUAAUUGAUUCCAUUCUUUAUUUCAGUCAUGCAACUAGAGAGUAAAAUUAAAGAGCUACAGGAUAAGUUAACUGUUCAAGCUGAAAGACCUGAUGUACAUGUACCACAAGAAGUGGAGGACAGUGAGGAUGAUAAUGAAGAUGAUGAUGAUAUCCCAGAUGACACCCAGGAUGACGGCUCGGCUUAUAAUACAGAGACUGAACCAGAAAGUGACGAUGAUGAACCCUUACCUGAAGAUGAAAAUUCUAAAAAUGUCAGCAUGUAUGGUACCAGUGUAAGGACAGAGCCGAAGUACAUUGUAUUUUUGUCACAGCUUUUGGAGCUGUUUCRUUUUUGUCACUACUGUAAAAGUGACGAUSCAAUGGUAGGGGCAAAGCAAAURGGAACUGAAGUAACAGUUACAGCUUCAUGCAAGAACUCGAGCUGUUUAAAAGAAUUUAUAUGGCAUAGCCAACCAUUGAUGACUUUCAAGUCAGGGCAAAAGGGRGCUGCUGGUAACUUCUUGUUAUCGAUGGCAAUACUCUUCGCUGGAAGCUCUGCUACAAAAGUGUUCCAGGUGUUUUCAAAUUUGGCUCUUGGGUGUAUUUCKCUGAGAACAUUCUUCAGACACCAAAAACGAUAUCUGUUUCCUGUCAUCUAUCUCCACURGCAAACAUACCAAGCUAAACUGUUAGAGGAUAUUAAGAACGAGGGAAAGGACAUAGUGGUAUCAGGAGAUGCUAGGCAUGACAGCAUGGGCCAUAAUGCUAAAUYUGGGGCAUAUACCAUCUGCUGCUGUACAACUUCUAAGAUAAUUCAUUUCAGCCUUGUCCAGGUAUUUUUAUGAUAUAAACUUUGAUGAAAUAUCAGUAAAUCACUUGGGUGA